ACCUUUGUAAUCAAAAGGCACGAUUGGAUUGCUAUUUACUCUCUCCGCGUUAAAAUAGUUUUCACGUUUGUUAAAAAAUUAUCUCACAUGUUUAAAAAUGAUUAAUGAGGUAUAUUAGUCAAAUUAUGGCGGGAGUGAGUUAGCGGUUGGGCGGGGUAGCUCUGUAUAAAUAUUGAGCUCGCUUCCUCAUUUCAUCCUUGUAGCAGAAGCUUUGUAUUGUGAUUAGGGUUUUUACAUAUGAUGAUGCUGAAAGGGAGAGAAAGCCUAAUCAGAUUAAUCGGUCGGCGCCGGCGAUUUCUCCGUCACCGCCAUUCUCUUCUUACCUCCUCUCCUCCUCCUCAGGGGCUUUUAGUUGAUCCCAAGGAAGAUAAGGAUGAGGUUAGAUAUGGAAAUGGAAAUGGAGGUGAAGAAAUGGUUGGUUGUCCUGUUUGUGGAAAGCAAGUUCGAGGGGAAGAUCGUGUGAUUAACUCUCAUUUAGAUAAGUGUCUUCAGAGAGGAACUAAAAGAAAACUAAGCCAGUCCACCCUUUUCCAGUUGAAUUUUUGCACACGACCUAAAGUAACAGCCUCAUUGGCCGAGUCAGACUAUACGAGGACCGAUGUUGGUCAGAGUGCCGAUGAUGGUAAUUAUUCUGAUAUGGGUUCUGAAAUUAGCAGCUUUGGUUGUCCUGAAAAUAAUGUACAACACGAGUCCAAUUCAUCAUCAGUCUCACUCACUCUGACGACCAACAGAUCCAAAAUAUGCACAGGAGAGAGUAGUGUUGGUAAUGGGGUUAAUAGAAUGGAGAACUUAGAUGAUCUUGUCAAAUUUGAUGAUGAAUGCAAACUUAUGGCUGGUGCAAAGUCCACAAUUGCUGGGCUAGAGGAUUCUCCUCAACAGCAAAUUAGUGAUGAUAGAAUUGACAACAUCGCAGACUCAACUUUGUCACUUUCUGAAAAUGGGACGUCUAAAUGUGUGGAACCUUUGGAAGAUUAUGAUAACUCUAAGAUUUUGCUUGAUAGUUUCAUUGUUGGCCGUAAGUUUGGUGCUGACACAGAGUUAACUAUUGGAACAAUGCUAAUGCUUUCAAGGGAUUCCGAGAAUGUCAAGGAUCUGAAUGCAAUCAAGGUUCUAACUAAAGAUACUGGUCACAGUAAAGAGCUAGGUUUCAUCCCUAGGGAAUUGGCACAGUAUUUAUCUCCAUUGAUAGACAAUUUCCAGCUGAUGUUUGAGGGCCAUAUAACUUCUGUUCCACAGCAUCCUCAUGCAAUUGUCCCAAUUCAGAUAUAUUCCUCUAGCAUUGUGUCUUUUGGUGAAAAGGACUUCUCUAGUCUCCAAGAAUUCAAUUCCUUUCGUAGAAACGCUCUAUGUGCUGCUGAAUUCUCCAAGACUCACGCUCCUAUCCCUGCAAAAUAUCUGCACAACCUUCUACUUUUACUAAAAGAGGUUUUAAAGAUCAAUGCACAUCUUUUUACUGAAGAUGAGAAGACCUUAUUGAAAGCUUUCUUAUCACUCUCAGAUGAUAGUCAAAGGCUUUUUGCUCGGCUUUAUGCACGUAAAGGGCCAUGGUUUCGAAUGGCUAGCAUAUCAUAUGCUGAAAUAUGUGAUUAUGAAGAAGCUGUUAAGGGUCUUUCUGAAGCAGAAUGCGUUACUUUAUUUGAAACAAUAGAUAAACUACAAAUUGAUGACUUAAAGGAGGUCUUGAAUAUUCUUAAUGUUGGUGAACUACGGGACCUUGUCUGCAGUCUUAACAAGUCACAUAAGAAGAUCGUCCAGAACGCUGAUUAUGGUACAAGAAAGCAAGAUUACAUUGCUCGAGUUCUUGGUGCAUAUGAAAGUGGUUUAUGCCCCAACCUUCCAAGUAAGAUUCUAGGGAAAACUGGAAGCUGUAUCCGGAUAUCUGCGUCAGCUGAAUCUGUCUUCUGGCGUGCCGAGAGGCUAUUUUUCCUGAAUGGAGAGCAGGACCUGUCAGCAUUUUUACUUGUCGACUUGGGCAUUGUAAAAUAUCCUUCUUACAACUGCAUAUUCACCGACCAAAUUUUUCCAGACAGAAGUUCCCUAUUGUCUUAUGAGGAGGCCAUUGAGGUUGCACAAGUUAUUGAUGAGUUUCUUGACGAGAACAACAAUGAGUUGGUAUCAAGAUGCAUUGAGAUUUCUGCCGGGCAUGUAUCUAGUUCUGUGGAGGAAGAUAAUUCAUCACAUUCUGGGCCGAUGGCUGCAUUUUUAUCUUUCUUUUCAGCCAAAUGGGUACAUUCUAAGGUGAUCCUGUUGGGUGUUUCUUUCCUGGAGCAUGAACGUAGGUAUAAAGAUGCAAUCGACUUGCUUAAGCUGCUGCUAGUUAAAUUUAAAUCUGAUCGAAGAAGGGGGUAUUGGACUCUGAGGCUCUCAAUUGAUUUGGAGCAUGUUGGGUGCAUUGAUGACAGUCUUGAAGUAGCUGAAAAGGGGUUACUAGAUCCUUGGGUUCGAUCUGGCUCUAUUGUGGCUCUACAGAGGCGAGUUCUGCGGUUGGGGAAGCCCCCUAGACGUUGGAAAACUCCCAGCUUUUCGGAUUCCCUCAAUAGGAAGAUAGUCGAGGUUCAUGUUCAGGGCAGGCCAGUCAACUGCAAAACAGGGGUAAAGAAUGUCUUUUAUGGUGAGGAUGGAGAACGUUGUGGAGUAGAAGAUCUUGCUCUAGAGUAUUAUGCUGGAGAAGGAGGAUGCUGGCAGGGUGUACACACUGAGAGUGGGAUUUGGUUGACUAUUUUCGGGAUUCUAAUGUGGGACGUUUUAUUUGCAGAUGUACCAAAUGUCUUCCGUACCAAAUUUCAGAUUGCACCAUUAGAUCUUGAAACUGAUAGCUUUUAUGAAGCUAGAAAGGGUCUUGUAGAAGCUCUUCUAGAUAAGAUUGAGCAUGGCAUGGCGGAAGAGUUGCUCAUCAUGUCAUGGGAAUCACAUGUGGGAACAGCCUGUAGGGGAGUCAAUUGGGAGAAGCAUUCCCUAUCUGAGCUCCGAGCAGCUGUUACAUGCAUUGGGGGUAUUUGCCUUGCAUCAAUUUGCCGCAAUUUGGCUCAAGAUUACCGGAGUUGGUCGAGUGGAAUGCCUGACUUAUUGCUGUGGCGCUUCCACGACGACUACAGUGGCGAAGCAAAGCUAGUUGAAGUGAAAGGUCCCAGAGAUAGACUUUCAGAACAACAACGCGCAUGGUUACUCUUUUUAAUGGACUGUGGCUUCACUGUUGAAGUAUGUAAAGUGAGUCAUACCCCAAUAUAGAGGGUGAAAAUUUGCUUCUCUUUUGCUGGUGAAAGCUGUCGGACAAGAUCUACACUGGCUAGAGUUUAUUACACCCAUCAUCAUUUCAUUUGGCUGUAAAAGAUGGGAGUAAAAAAAGAAAAAUUUUCAUAACUUCUUUCUCCUGUCGACUUUGUGCUUGUAAAAAAAUGCUACAUUUUUCGUUGUAUUAUUGUUAUUAUAAUAUUUUACUCGAGGUAAUCAUUAGUAAUAUUCCCAAAGUACCCUUUUCAA